AUGGGAUAUAAGAUAUAUUCUAACUCUGACUUAGUUCAAACAGUAACAUGGGCAAACUAUGAAUGGUUCGCUUUGAGAAACUCAGUACAACCACAAGCUAGAGAACAAACAGACCAGUAUGCAACUAUUGAGAAAAUAAGAAGACUUGACCCUAACGUUCCAGGAGUUUAUGUUAACCUUUCUGGACAAACUGCAGCAGCAGUAACCAAAGUAAAACUGAAACUUAGAGUUCCUUUGUCAUCUUUCCUCAUCUUCAGGUUUUUAAGAUACUUGCCAAACUGGGCAGGAAAAAUUUCUAUCGAACUUACUCCAAGCAAAAAUAACUUAGUCAUUGCACCAACACAAGACCCAUUCACUCUUACAGACGUAAAGGGAACAAAUCAAACGUCAUUCGCCGAAUUUUGCAAAGACAAAGUUGACUUAGACUUUGGUUUCUCAAACUUCAACAAUGAAGUAAACUAUUUUUUCAAUGCUGCUGGAACUGCUUGGGACCCAGUUAAGUUCACAUGCGAACAGUUUGAAUGCAAGAGAAUAGAAAGCAGACUUGCAGUCUAUAUGUUGGACCCAGAUAUUUCAAAUGCUUUAGCUGCCAAAUAUAUUGCAGUUCCACUUAUGUUCCCUAUACACCAAAUAUCUGUCAAAGACUUUGCAGGUGAAGUUGGAAACCAAAAUCCAGGAGCCGCAGGUGCAAGAACAGAUAUUGCUUUAACAACUGCAAUGAAACAUGCAGAUACUAUGUUUGUACUGUUCAGACGAACUAUAAAUGACUAUUCUUGUUUCUACAACCCUGGUAUUAAAUAUCAUAUAAACAUAGAUGGCAAAUAUUAUCCAAGAGAAGAAUAUUCUACAGUUGAGGAUAUGAGGUCAUACAACUUGACAUUAGAUGCUAUGAACUUUAACAACAACUUCACAACAACCAUUAACCCUGAAAUGCAAAGUUCUAUUAUGCCAUAUGUGAAAGUAUGGACUCAUACAGGAGGUCAAAAAACUCAAUAUACAA